AUGUCCGUGGAGCAGGAUCAGCACAGGCCUCUGCAGCAGCAACAGCGAAGGUCGAAGGAGCCCACUGCCGCCACCACCGACCCAAUGAUGGAGAACCUCCUGGACAAGCUUAACUCCUUGAAAUCGCCGUCAAACUUUGUUAAGAUGGAUCUGAUUCCGUCUGAUGUCAAGCUGCCUGUGUUAGACAUUGGACGUUUGGACACACGUUACGGACCGUCCGUCUUCGUAUCCCUCCAGCUGUCAGACGACAUUGUCAAGGUAUUUUUGCCUAAACGAUUUUCAGAGCUCAGUGACGAGGAGCUUGAAAGCGAAUUUGACUUUAGCGUGCAUUACUUUCACUCUUUCGUUCACACGAUCUGGGCCGAGGGUAACAUCGCUAGCGCCCUGCAGCUUGCCUGCGGCGAGAUAAACGCCCGUCUAGAGCAGUAUCAGGAACGUGGGUCGGGUUUCGCGCUCGUCGCCAUCCAACAAUGUAGCAUCACAGUUGGACGUUUCGUUCCCCAGAGGGCCGGAUGUCAAAGUUUCACUUUGCCGAAGGAACUGGCAAACAAACAGUGUAUUUUGAAUGUGAACGAACGCAUGAAGGACUCCGAAAGAAAAAUGUGCUUCACCUUUUCCGUGCUUACGGGAUUGCAUCCCACUCAACAUAAAACGAGAGCUUCCUCAUACAGGGACCAUCUGAGCAAAUAUUCGUUUCCUUUAAACUAUCCAGUGACGUUUCCAGAAGACGUAGAGACUUUCGAAAGAAAAAAUCGCGUGUCCAUCAACGUGUACGGUUACGAACGGGAAAAAAAGUUUGUCUAUCCUCUCAAAAUCAACGAUCACGAGUUGGAAAAGCAUGUAGAUUUGCUCUUGAUUGACGACGACUUUGUCCUCAUCACCAACUUCGCCGGGCUUUUCGAAAACAGGGCUAGCUACCGAUUCCGUUGGGACGCGCUUUAUUUCCGUAACACUCACCUCAUGGAGCCUUUUCCAUACUUCUGCGUCUACGACUUUGAGGCCAUCUUGAAACCGGAAAACACGGGUCACGUUUACGAGAGUCACGUACCCAGCUCGUUUUGUAUUCUAGUGAUCCGUUCUACAGACUCACGAAUCAUGGAACGUUUCUUGUAUCGAGGCGAGGAUUGUGUCGAGCAGUUCAUUUCCAUCCUCAAUCAAAUGUCCAAACUCAUUCCCGAGUGGAUUAGGAGCGAUCUCACGACGGUCAAAAAGACACAGAGCUCCGCCAGUGACUGUGAUGUAUGUGGCGAGUCGUUCGACGAACGUAAAAGAAAGGGCAACGAUCAUUUUACCGGACCUUACAGGUUGUGCAAAGGCUGUAAUUUAAACGACAGGAAUAACAAAAAAGUCAUUCCCCUGGUUGCACACAACCACUCUCUAGCUUUCCUCCCCGCGAGCUUGGACGCACUUGUGCAGGACCUCCAUUCCAAAGGCUUGGAAAAUUUUCGCUGCCUUCGUGAAGCGUUUCCUCAACAUAUUGAGUUGCUGGCACGUAAGGGUGUGUUUCCCUACGAUUAUAUAACCGACUUCAGCGUCUACGAUGAGCCCGAGCUGCCACCACGUGAGUCGUUUUGCAACAAGCUUAAUGACGCUCACAUUUCUGAGAAGGAUUAUCACCAUGCCCAGGUCGCUUUUGACACGUUCAAGUUCAAAAACGUGGGAGAGUACAGUGACUGCUAUUUGAAACUCGACUGCUUACUUCUAUCCGACGUAAUGCAAAAUUUUAGGAAAUGGACCCUGGAAACCUACGAGAUCGAUCCCUUGCAUUUCGUGUCGCUUCCUGCCCUCAGCUUGGCCUGUGAGCUUAAGCAAACAAAGGUCAAACUUGAGUUGCUCAGCGACGUCGACGCAUAUCUUUUUAUCGAAUCGGGUUUACGAGGAGGAAUCGUGCAAUGUGCAAUUCGACAUGCGAGAGCUAACGUUCCAACCAGCGACUCGUUCGAUCCUAACAAAGAUGCUUCUCAAAUGUUCGACCUCGAUGUGAACGGUCUUUACGCAUCAACGAUGAGACAACCGCUUCCGUACGGCAAUUUCCGAUGGCUCGAUCGCGAAGAAAUCAAUGCCCUUCAGUUCGCUCAGGUUUCAGACGACUCACCCACUGAUUACAUCUUGGAGGUAGACCUAGACUAUCCAGAGGAACUACACGACUCGCAUGCAGACUUUCCUUUGGCUCCGGAAAAACGAGGGGUUCCUUUCGAAUGGCUUUCGUCUUAUCAAAAGGCGCUAGUGAAAAAAUUUGGCCUACCCGAGAGAGAAUCUGAACGUAAGCUUCUUUUAACCCUAUUUCCCAAACGUAAUUACGUUAUUCAUUUCCGAAACCUAAAGUUGUACCUGCAGCUAGGGUUAAAACUGAAGAAGAUUCAUCGCGUCCUGCAGUUUUCCCAGCGGGCCUUUCUAAAAGAAUUUAUCGACUUCAAUCACGAUCUGCGCAAGCAGGCUACCAACACCUUUCAGAAGAAUCUGUCAAAGCUCUUUAUGAACUCGAUCUACGAAAAGACGAUUGAAAAUCCUCGCCAAUACAACGACAUUGUCAUUAGCGUUUCCGAGGACGAAGUCGUAAAAAAUCUGCAAAAACCUAACCUUAGACAAUUUACAGCGAUCGGUCCGAACGUGGUCAUAUUUCAAUUUUCACAGAAAACUUUGCACCUGAACAAGCCCAUAUAGGCAGGUUUCUCUAUCCUAGAGAUGUCGAAGAUCGUCAUGUACGAUUUCUUCUAUAAUCAGAUCAGGAGAGUUUUCCCGGAUGCUCGCGCUGCAUAUAGCGACACGGACUCAUUUAUCCUCCAAAUCAGCGGUCGGGACGUCGACGAGAGGCUCGCACAGCUUACCGAGAGCCACCUAGAUACUUCCGGUUACCCGUCCGACC